UUUCCUAGUUCCAGACCCGGAAGCUUAUAAUGUCAGGCAGAAUAGGCGGAACCCCGACAUUAAAGCAGAAGUCUCUUUGUUUCGUAAAGAUCAUUUUUCCCCUACUUCGACGCGUCGUCUCAUUUUUCUGUGUUUUCAAACACCCCUGCGUGCAAGUAAUUUACACAAUGGACAAAGAAGCUGUGCUGGCUCAUAUCCGGAUGUCAAAAGGCAUGUCGACACUUCUUGGUGGAGAGCUGCCAGUCAGUGUGAUCAACGGCAAUAAGUACAUAUCUGCGCUUACUUCUGAAGCGCGGGGGGCAGACAGAAACGUGGAGGAGAACGUGCUGUCCCUUGAUCAUGCCAUCUGCACUGCUCUGUCUGGUGAAAUCAAAAAUGUGAUACUGGUUGGUCCUGAAGGAUCAGGGAAAACCACCGCUUUGGAGAAGCUCGUCGUAGACUGGGCCAAAGGAGAACGCCUUCAAAACUUCUCUCAUGUUUUCCAUUUCCGCUUCAGGGAGUUACACUCUCUUAAUGAGGCGCUCUCCUUGGAGACGCUAAUGCUACAACAUCACAGUCAUGUCCUUCCUGAGGCCAUGCCCCUUGUUAUGCAGAAGCCUGAGGAUGUCUUGUUUGUUUUUGAUGAUCUGGAUCAGUGCAAACAGAGCCUGGACCCCUCCAUCCACACCCUCUGCUCUGACCCCAGCCAGGCAGCCCCACUGUCCAGCUUAGUGGCCAGCUUGCUUCAUGGAUCUCUCCUGAAAGGAGCUGCCUUUGUCACAGCAGCCAGGUCGACAGGAUAUGUGCAGGCUCUGAGUGGCACCAAGGUGGAAGUGUUGGGGUUUCUGAAGCCACAAAGAGAGGCCUACUUUAGUGGCUUCUUUCCUGACCCAGCUGUUGCCAACAAAGCACUAGUGCACAUGGAAAAGACUCUUGGCUUUUAUGAUAUCUGUACCUCCCCAAGGUUUUGUUGGACAGUUUGUUCCAUGUACAAGUCUCUGAUGGAUGCUGGAACAAAACUUCCUGAGACGUUAUCUCAGCUGUAUGUAGUUGUCCUGGUCCACCUGAUUCAGAAGCUCUCCCUGAACGAGGCCUUCAACAGAGACCUGGUGUUGGCCUUCGGCAAGAUGGCGUCUCACUGCUUCCUUAACAAGCAUUCGAGCUGUACCAAGGAGGAAAUGGAUUCCUUUGGUUUUCAACAGUUUCUCACCUCUCUCAGUGUUUUCUUGCGAAUAGAUGGUGACCAGUCAGAUGAAUGCGUCUUCUCCUUCCACUCCCAAAUGAUGCAAGAGUUCCUUUUGGCCGUGUCUUUCUUUUUGGACAAGUCGACGUCUGAGGGUGUGGAGAAGAUGUUGGAAGAGCACAAAGGCCAAGCAGAGUUUCUAGAUGCCUUCUUGUCAGCGCUCUCAGAGCCAGUUCAGCGCAGACCACUGGAGACCUUGCUGGGGGAGAUGAACUCCGGCCGGAUUGUGGAUUUCAAGCGCUGGUUUAAAAGCACUUCAGAGACGGCACUGAAGGGGUACUACAAAGAGAAGCACUUCCACUGCUUCCAUCUGCUUCAUCAAGCUCAAAAUGAGAGUUUGGUGAGAGAGAUCCUUGACCCACAAGCAAGAAUAGGCAUCAGCUAUGGAGAGCUGAGCCACCAGAACAGUGUAGCUCUGAAUUAUGUUUUCACUAUCCUCGGAGAGAUUGAGCAGUUGAAUCUGUACAGUACAAAGAAUCUUACAGAGGAGGAAGCAGAGGCGCUGGUUCCAACUAUGACCUUGUCACACAAAAUAAUCCUGUCAAGCAGCUCUCUGAGCACCAGGGCUGUACAGCAUCUGGCUUCAGCCCUCAGCAGAGGACUCACCAAGGAGCUGGAUCUUUCUCACACACACCUCGGAGAUGAAAUGUUCAAAAUCCUCUGCACUGGACUCAGAGACAGCAAGCUGUUGGACAUAAAACUUCUAGCAUGCAAACUGACAGAAGUAAGCGGUGAAGAGCUGGUGUCUGUCCUGACCUCAAGCACCUCUCAGUUGCAUGUGUUAGACAUCAGCUUCAAUCAGAUGAGGGACCAGGGCUUCAUUAAACUGUGCAAAGCUCUACAAAGUCCUCAGUGCAAACUUCAGGAGCUCCGCCUUCGAGGCAGCGAGUUGACUGCGCCAUCCAUGGAGGCUUUAUCAGCAGCUUUAUGUUCUGGCCAAUCAGAGUUGAGAAAAGUGGACCUGACACAAAACAUGAUUGGUAACGGUGGAAUGGAGGCUUUGUGCAAAUCCCUGAAAAACCCACAUUGUAAACUGCAGAACCUCAUUGUCUUUGACAAUGAACUGUCAGGUGACUGCUGUCCUCAUUUGACGGAGGCCUUGAUGUCAGAGCACUGUUCUCUGUCAGAGUUGGAUCUGUCAGUGAAUGAGUUGGGCCAGGAGGGGGCGCUGCUGCUCUGCCAAGCCCUCAGUCGACCUGGAUGUCCAAUAGAAAAACUUGGCUUGACACGAUGCGAGUUAACCCAGUCAGUCUUCAAGGAACUCGGCUCACUGCUCAGAAGUGGGACCUCUCAACUCAAGUCCCUGUCUGUAGGUUUAAGUGAAGUGGGAGACCAAGGGGUUAAACAUAUUUGGGAUGCUGUUGCACAUCCAAACUGUCUGUUGGAGGAACUGGAUGUUGAAAUGACUGAAAUGACGGAUGCCUCUGUUGACGACUUGUGCGCCGCUAUAAGAGCCAGUAAGACUCUGAAGAGCCUGGAAUUGCGAAACAAUUUACUGACUGAUGCCUCCGUCCCAGCCCUCGUCCAAGUCAUGCAGGACAGCCAAACCAUGCUGGAGAUGAAUCUGAAGUACAACGACUUCAGUGAAGAUGUGUUUGAACUGUUGGAAGAGUGCGACAGAAUAAGAUACUGAAGAAGACAGAUGAGUCCAUCAAUGUCAGAGACGGCUCCAGGAUCACCUACAAUACUGUUUUUACUGUUGCCAUUAGUUGCUCAAUCCGCUUGUCGCUUAAAACAAAAUAUUACAAUUUAAAUAAUCGGUUCAGUGUUUAAAUAAUUUUCCAAGCAAAAAUGUCAGUGGGGCACAUUCACCAGUUACAGUCUCUCGGGUGUGAAAAUGUAUGACUUUUCUUCCACGAGAGGAAAUAAAUAUAUUUAGGUUUGAACUCUUAGCCUGACAAAACAAGCAAUAUGAUAAGUUCAGCUUUUAGAAAAUUGUGAUUGUUAUGUUUUCGCUAUUUUCUGACAUUUUAUUGCUCAAACAAUUAAUCGAUGAUUGCAGCCUUACUCAUUAUUCAGUACAGUUCACUAUUAUCAAUGGAUCUGACACAGUGUUUUAUUAAGCUUGGCAUUUAAAGAGAGAUAUUUGCGAUAUAUUCAGUAAGGCAGAUGCAGUGAUGUUUUACAGCUGUAUCAUAUUACCAGUUUCACUAAUAAAGUCUAUUUACAUGUAUAAAAAUGA